GUGCAGAGCGCAGGAUGGUGGCGCCAUCUAGUAGUCAGCGAGUCAGUCAGUGAGCGGAGCGUCGCCGUCAUGAGCCUGCCCGGGCCGGUGAGGGGCAGCGUCAGGGAGGGCAUGCCGGUGCUGGCCCCUGUGUCCAUCCCUCCUGGGGUGGGAAUGGUGGCCGGGCCGCGGUCUCUACAUGUAGAGCUGCACACCCAGCAGCGGCGCCUUCGCCACCUGCGCAGCAUCGCAGCGCGGAACAUCGUCAGCAAGAACGGAUGCCGCCUGCUGGACACCUACUUCACACUUCACCUGCUCCAGGGGGAGAAAGUUUACAAAGGUUUAGGGCUUCACCGGGCCCAAUGUGCCAUCAAGCAGACCCAAGUGACUGUUCAGAAAAUCGGUAAGGAGAUCGAGGAGAAAUUGCGCUUAUCUUCAUCGAGCAACAAGCUGAAAAAGGAGAGCGAGUGUUUACGACUGAAAAUCCUGGUGCUUCAGGACGAGCUGGAGAGACAGAAGAAGGCUUUGGGUCGGGAGGUGGAGCAACUCCAUAAGGAACGAAACGCCCUGAAUGCUAAACGUAAUAAAUUUAACUCUCAGCGGGAGAAGCUGCAGAAGAGAAGCGAGUCCCUCAACGAGUUAAGAAAGGAGUGUACGGCGAAGAGGGCUGAUAUCAGAGGGCGGCAAACUGGGCGGUUGUUUCUUAUGGCUAAAGAUGACGGCAGCGUGGCUGUGGCGCUGGGCUACACGGCUCAUCUGGUAUCCAUGAUUUCCUUCUUCCUACAAGCACCACUGCGAAAUCCCAUUCUCCAUAAGGGCUCCAGAUCUGCAAUCAAAGACAAUAUCAACGACAAACUGACGGAGAAGGAGCGAGAGUUUCCUUUAUAUCCAAAAGGAGGUGAGAAGCUUCAGUUUGACUACGGCGUCUACCUUCUCAACAAGAACGUAGCUCAGCUAAGAUACCAACAUUCCCUGGGGACCACAGACCUACGACAGACUCUCCCCAACCUGAAGACGUUUCUGGAGCAUGGCCUCUUGGUCAGAUGUGACAGACAUCACACUUCAAGUGCAAUUCCCGUUCCAAAGAGACCGGCCAGCUCCGCGUUUGGAAGUCACGAAUUUGGGUUUUCCAGUCGGACCCCAACACCGGAGAAAGGACCUCGAAAGCGUGCCAGCUCGGAGAACGAAAAAACCCAAUACAGAACGCCUCCCCCCAGCUACAAGAUGGCGGUGGCGGAGCCCAUCGCAAUACUAGUCCCGGCAACUCCGGCCGACAAGGGUCACCUCGGCUCCUCACUGGACGCCGGCAUCGAUGCGUCCAAGGGCAACACUCACCAGACCGAGCCCUUCUUGGACUCCUGUGCGGUCAACGGAAUUUUUUGGCCGAAUGAAAGCAUGGAAUUUGUAAGCGAAGGCGCUCCCUGCGGCGUGCACCCCUCCCUCAGCGACGACCUGCACUGCGCCGUGGAACAGGCCGAGGAGAUUCUCGGCACGGAAGCCUCAGACUUUACCUCGGGGGAUCAGUUUGAAGCGUUUAACAGCAUUCCGGUGGACCGCGCCGUGGCCGUGGAAUGCGACGAUCAAGUCCUGGGAGAGUUCGAGGAAUUCUCCCGUAGAAUUUACGCGCUGAACGAGAACAUGUCCAGUUUCCGCAGACCGCGGAAGAGUUCCGAUAAAUAAACGAGCAACGUUCGCAGAAGAUUUGUCUUUGCACAUCGUUAUC